AAAACUUAAGCUGCGAAACGCGCGCGCGUGCCACAUCGAUCGCGUAUAAAGGAAUGUUCAAGUGAAAUGUGUAAAAUUAUGUACCUAGUACAGCGACUCUAAUAUAUGUAUUCCUAAUACUAAUCAACAAAAUCAACUGUGUGUGUGUGUGUGUGUGUGUCAACAUGAAUAUGUACAUCUAAUAAAUAGUUUCUCUUUGUUGUAUGUAUUUCUUUCAACCGUUUCCAACUCGCUGACAUUUGCCAACAUCAAUCAAAAACGUCAUCGCCGUCACAUCGUCACUACCACUACCACACCACAUACAUAAUUGCCUUCUGUCGAUAAACGUGUAUGCGCGCCGUCGUGCAGUAGUGUAAACUUAGGAAACAGCCUAACAAAAAACAAAAACAAGUGUGAAAAAUGCCAUCAGCGUUCCGCAGGUGCACGCUGCAGGCCGCGUUACUCGCCUGUCUAUGCAUGGCUAUGUCGCCUUGGCGCGUCAGCGCUAGCAUCCUUGAAAAACUUCGCGAUGAUUCAGAUCUGUCGCAGUUUUAUAGUUUACUAGAGCAAAAUAUUAUUGCAAAUUCCACUUUAACACUGCGGCCAUGUACAGUGUUUGUGCCUACAAAUGCUGCAUUCCAGCGUCAUCAUGGACCCACACAUGUGCUCUAUCACAUAACAACCACACCAAUGACGCAGGAUCAACUUAUAAAGGUCAUACCAUCGGAUAUGGGUGGUAAUCCAUCGUUGUAUAUAACGAAAAAUCGCAAUGGCGAUGUGUAUGUGAAUAAUGCUAGAAUAAUACCGUCGCUGACGGUCGAAAUGACCAAUAGUCUGGGAAUGCGUCAGGUGAUGCAUAUAAUCGAUGAAGUUUUGGUGCCACUUACUCCACUGCCAACUGCCAAAAUUGAGUUCACUAAUUUGGAUGCGUUUCAAUUUCUGCAACAGGCUGACCUCUUGGACAUCGGCGACAACCGUUUGAGAUCAUAUCGGUCCCAAGUGACUUUAAUGCGAAAAGAGAAUCUCUACCAAUCGCCCGGUGGACACACGUUUCUAAUACCCAUUGAUGAAGGCUUCAAGCAAACCACACGCAGCAGCCUAGUGGACAACAAAGUGAUCGACGGACACGUCAUACCAAAUAAUGUAAUUUUCACAGCGGCCGCGCAAAUCGAAGUGCCACAAACCACAGCCGCAUUUGAGGACAAUCUCAAAGUAACAGUUAGCUUCUUCAAACAGAAGGACGGCAAAAUGUACGUCAAAUCAAAUACUAUUCUAGGUGAUUCGAAGCAUUCCACUGGCGUUGUGCUAGCGGAAAUUGUUAAGGGCAAUAUUCCGGUGCGAAAUGGUGUAGCGCAUCUGAUUCAUCGGCCACUAAUGAUAAUCGAUUCGACAGUGACGCAAUUCCUACAGUCCUUUAAGUUGAUGAACGACAAUGAAAACGGAGCUCUACGCAAAUUUUAUGACGUUAUUAUGGAUAAUGGCGGUGAGGUGCUAACCGAUAUUAGCAACUUGGGUGAAAUUACUAUUCUGGCUCCGAGCAAUGAUGCCUGGGAGGCAAAGGAAGUACAAAAUGUCAUAAGAAAUCGUGAGAAACUCCGUGCCAUCUUGAAUAUGCAUAUUAUCAAGGACAAAUUGAAUGUGGAGCGCAUUCGUCAGAAAAAUGCGAAUAUUAUCGCUCAAGUACCCACCGUUAAUAAUCGCACAUUUUUGUAUUUUAAUAUCAACGAUGAAAAUGGCGAAGAAGUAAUAACCGUUGAAGGUGGUGGCGUAAACGCUACAAUUCUACAAGCGGAUGUGGCCCAAACUAACGGUUACGUACAUAUUAUUGAUAAGGUUUUGGGCGUCCCAUACACCACAGUGCUGGGCAAACUCGAAACAGAUCCUAUGAUGAGCGAUACCUUCAAGCUCGGUCAAUUCUCUUCAUUCAACAAUCAGCUGAACAAUACUCAGCGUCGUUUCACAUAUUUCGUGCCGCGUGACAAGGGUUGGCAAAAAACUAAACUGGACUAUCCCUCGACACACAAAAAACUCUUCAUGGAAGACUUUUCCUAUCACUCCAAGUCAAUCCUGGAACGUCACUUGGUGAUUGCCGAUAAUGUGUACACAAUGAAGGACUUGGUAGCCAUGACAGCUGAGUCGGGCGACUCAAUUUUACUGCCCACCUACAGAGAUUCCUUAAAGGUGAAAGUAGAGGAAGAAUCUGGACGUUAUGUGAUCACUUGGAACUUCAAGAAGAUCAAUGUCUACCGGCCGGAUGUUGAGUGUACCAACGGCAUAAUACACGUCAUCGACUAUCCCAUGCUGGAGGAGCGGGAUGUCGUCGUCAACGGAGGUAGCUAUCCGUUAGACACUAACUUGUGCAUUCUCUUCACAAAUACCCUCAUGAUAGCAAUAGCGCAAUUUCUUUUCUUAAAUAAUUAAUUAUGUGUAUAAACUAAAUUACAAAAGCAAAAAAAAAACACAAAAGCAGAAAAAACAACUCAUUUCAAAUGAAAACAAAAAAACGAAUGCAAAACAUUCAGCAAGUGAACAUACAUUCACAUCCAAAUCAAAAAUUCAUAGCCAGCAAAAUGACCAUCACACAUCCGAUCACCAUAUUUGCCUGCCACAUACAUAUGUACAUAUGUACAUACAUACAUAAAUGCAUAUGUAAUGUAACAUAGAGAUCACCAAUCGCCCGACACAUCAUUAAGCAUACGCAUUGAUAAUAAGCAGAAAAAUAAAUAAAAAUAAAAAUAAAACAAUCAAAUUUCGCAACUGCCGAUCGACCAUUCAUUCAACAAUGCGCGCACCGCACCGUUCAACAACUUUGAAUGCAAACUCCCAUUCACCCACGGCUGAUCUUGUAAUUGAGAAGAGAACCAAAUUUAAAUCCAAAAAA